AUGACGAUUGCGGGAAGAGAGAUGGAUGACGGUUGCGGGAUUAGAAUUGCAACGCAAGAUAUUGCUUCAGGAUGUGUGAGAGGAGGAGUGAGAAUAGCAAAGAACGAGUUCUUUGAUCCCAAGAAAGGAUGGCGUAAGGAUGAGAAAGCAAGUGUCGUGUAA